AUGCCGGCGACGAAGUUCUUCUCCGCAUCCAACAUGGCCGACACCGUCACCAAGCUCAGCCCUGGCUCCGACCCCCGGGUCUCGUAUGAGACUGCCGUGCUCAACGGCCGCACCUAUCGCUACAUUCUCGGCGUGCCCAAGGACGGCCAGUUCAAGGCCACCAUUGUCCUCGUCCACGGAUGGCCUGAUCUGGCUUUCGGAUGGCGCUACCAGAUCCCCGCCCUCAUCGACCUGGGCUUCCGCGUCGUGGCGCCUGACAUGAUGGGCUACGGCGGAACCGACGCGCCGAGAGUGCCGCCCGAGUCCAUCUCGCUGUACGGCUUCAAGCGCGCGGCCGACGACAUCGAGGAGCUGGCCCGCCAGCUGGGCGCGCCCAAGAUUGUGCUGGGCGGCCACGACUGGGGUGGAGCCGUCGUCUACCGUGUUGCGCUCUGGAAGCCCGACCUCAUCUCGCACGUCUUCGCCAUCAGCACGCCCUAUGCGCCUCCCUCGAAGGAGUACUACUCGGUCGAGCAGCUGGUUGCCGGCCCGCUCCCGCAGUUCAAGUACCAGCUGAACCUGGCCAGCGGCGCGCCCGAGGAGGGCGUGAAGACCAAGGAGGACUUCAAGAAGCUGCUCGUCUUCAUCUCCGGCGGCAAGGGCCCCAACGGCGAGCUGCUGUUCAACCCCUACGACGGCAUCGUCCUGGACAACUUGGGCAAGGAGCUCGACUACUACGCCGAGCAGUACGCCCGCAACGGUCUGCACGGCCCCUGCAACUGGUACCGCACCCGCAAGGUCAACUACGAGGAGGAGCUCAGCCUCCCCGGCGACGGCACCAUCAAGCAGCCCGUCCUGUACGUUGCCACGAACAAGGACACUGUCCUGAAGCCCGAGAUGUCGGCCGGCAUGGAGAAGCUCGUUCCCAACCUCAGCAGAGCCGCCAUCGACACGCACCACUUCGGCCAGUGGGAGAAGCCGGCCGAGCUCAACGACAUCAUCAAGCAGUGGGUUGAGGCCGUUGUGUUUGGCGGUAAGAGCGCUCUCUGA